AUGUCGCUUGUCAUCAGCCCCGACUUCCAGCACAUUCUGCGUAUCCUCAACACCAACAUUGAUGGCCGUCGUAAGGUCUGGGUUGCACUGACCGCUAUCCAGGGCGUGGGUCGACGUUUCUCCGUCAUGGUGUGCAAGAAGGCCGAGGUGGAUGUCACCAAGCGCGCAGGAGAGCUCACGAACGACGAGAUUGAGCGUGUGGUGGCCAUUAUCCAGAACCCGUUGCAGUUCAAGAUCCCUGUGUGGUUCCUUAACAGACAGAAGGACUUUAAGACGGGCAAGCACUCGCAGAUUGUCGCCAAUAACUUGCAAGGCAAGUGGCGUGAAGACUACGAGCGUCUCAAGAAGAUUUACGCGCACCGUGGUCUUCGUCAUUGGUGGGGACUCAAGGUGCGUGGCCAGCACACGAAGACUACUGGCCGUCGUGGCCGCACGGUUGGUAUCCUUGGUGGCAAGUAA